UACUAAAUACCCAACUCUUAAUCUUGUUUAUCUAUAUAUGGAACUACUUAAAAAAAGAUUUGGCUCAAAAGCCGAAGAAACGAUAGAUACCUACUUGAAUCUUAUUUAUGAAGAAGUUGAAAGUAAAAAUAAUGAAAGUGAUAAAACAAGUAAUGAUGAUAUUCCAGCUACUGAUACUUUUUCUACUACUGGCUUACUUAAUAGAGUUCGGGCUACUAUUAAUUUAUCAAUAGAUAAAUUAUGGGCAGCACUAUCAGAUAUUGCUUUAAUUGCUAUAUUUCUUGAUCCAAGAGAGUUAAAGAUAAAUCUUUCAGUUCCAGAUGAUAUUGGAGAAAGUUUGGCAGAUAGAAGUUAUAAUGAUGAUAGUAAUUUUUUUCAAGAGUUAGAAGCAGACUUUACAUAA